GAACACUCAAUUGAGGAAGCCUCACCUUAUAGACUAUAAUCUCACACAAUGCCAUCUUCCAAACUGGUAAAAUUCCAUGCUGGUAAAGUUCAGUAUGAUGACGAAACAAAUAGAUGUACUCCCUUACCUCACAAGGGCGUAAUUCUGAUCAAACCUAGUGUUGAUGAACCUGACUUUUUAGAUUUCACUUGGUCAGCCAAGUCUGAUCUGACUCAGUCUUCUGUGGGAACUAUAGAAAAAGAUGAAUUUUUGUUGAUACCUGGGGAUGUCACUAUUAAGAAGAUACAGUCAUGUAAUACUGGUCGUGUUAUCGCAUUGACAUUUUUAAGUUCUGGUGCUAAAUAUUUAUACUGGUUACAAGAUGUUGGUGAUAUAGAUCAAUUGGAUAAAUGGACCGACAAGGAUGACAAAAUAAUCCGGGAUAUUUCCGAAUUGAUAUAUGUGAACGAUGAAGACGAAGAAGAAGAAGAUGAGGAAGCCGAAACUCCAAAUGAGGAAGUGGAAGUAAAAGAUGAAGGUUCCGAGCAACAACCGGUUGCAACAGCUGCAACUGCAGCCACUAGUGCAAAGCCAGACUUGAAAUUACCAAUUAGUUCAAUUUCUUCAGUAUUGGAUCUUGAAACGAUUGAUAAACAUCUUGCAGGAUUGAAUACCGAGCAAUUGAAAGAAUUGUAUGGACAAUUUCUUCCUCAAUCAGUUGCUGAAAACCCAACCAAAGAGCAAAUAUUGGAUGUUAUCAGAAGUGGAUUUUUUCAACAAUCAGAACAAAAGUUGAGUCAAUAUUUAACUCAGGGGAAUGGAGCUGGCUAUUUACUUGCUCAGAGUUUAAAAUUUGAUUACCAUGGUGAAGGGAUUGACGGGUUCUUGACGGGUAUUAGAGAGUUGGCAAAAAAGGAGAAGUCUGAUGAAAAGGCUGAAGGAGAAGACACAGAAAUGAAGGACUAGAUAGGUAUAUAGUUAAUACAGACAAAAAGAUAUCAACAUUGC